AUGGGGAAAAGUAAGCGGAGCAAGGUCAAGAUGGCUUACAAGGCCAUGCGUCGCGCGGUCAUGGAACCGAAGCACGACGCGCAGUUGCGCGAGAAGGCCGCCAAAGUAUACGAAGCGAUAGGUCUCCCAUUACCUGAGGAGCGCACGGCGGAGGAACGUAUGAAACCGAGAAUGCAUGGCGGCAGCGAGUUGGUGUCGACGUUUGUCCUCACGCCAAAGGGCCCGAAGCUCAACGUUGUGCACGGCCCCAACGCCGCCGACGACCCGCUCAUGAGAAUACCGAAGGGCAUUAUUGGAUUCCCCAUCGUGGGGGCCGGCGCAAGGGCCAAGAUGAGAGCGGAGCUUCCCGUACCGCAAAAGCGAGUCAGGGCUAUAGAUGUUGAUGAGGACGAGUUUGAACAGGUGGAGGCGACACCUUAUUUUUAUCCCAGGCGGGCGCGGAAGAGUGGCGGUAUUAAGAAGGGCAGAAAGCAAAAGCAAAAGACAAGAAAGGCUGUUCGGAAGCCAAAAGCGAUGCAAGGCGUGGAGGCGGUUUCGGCGUAGAAGCCGCCUUCUCGAAUUGGUAGUUUGCUACAUAUCUCCAUGGUGUUCAGAAGGAGCGCGAACUCGACCGACGCCCAGCAGUGAUUCGCGCUCGUGAGAACAGGUUUUGAUGAUUGAGGUUGUACAGAGCGAAAUAGGUCGUACGGCCGUCGCGAUGAGAACGGAAUAAAAGCAAGGAGACAUGUUGAGAGAUCUGUUUA